UUAUCUAUCAACGCCACCGGAGAGAAUGUCAAAAACCGGAUCGCGUUCACGUUUGCGCCAGUGUGUGUGCAUGUAGUGGUGCGUUGAGAUUCACUGGACCACCGACCGGUGUGUUGCAUCUGACGCUCUCACCACACCACCCGAAACGUGGCCACAGUCGGACGGUUCCAGAAGCGUGCGGCGGGCUGCCUCACACCACCACUGCCAACGCUUGCUCUAUCUUAUCUGUGAGCUGAUCAAUAUAUCCUAAAAAAACAGUGCAGUGAACGUGUAAAGUGUAUAUGGCACAUUGUUAGCGGGACUGGUGCGUCAGUAGUGUGCUGAAAUUUGGUGCGGUAAGCCGGUUUUUGGUGGAGCGAGAUGAGCGUGAAGGUCGAUUCGGUAACAAGCGAAGUGUUCUCGGCACCGGCGACAGACAGAAAGAUGAUCCCUAUCCGAACGAUUCCCGAAUGUCUGAAGCGAAAGACAGCGGAGGAGUUGAACGAAAAGGAAGGCACACUUACCGAGGAGCUGACGAUGAUCAAGACCUGGAUGAAGCAGUCCGGUCACAUCCGGGGCCGGAUGGAGGAUCAGUUUUUGCUCGGAUUUUUGCGCUCCUGCAAGCACAGCAUGGAGAAGGUGAAGAUCAAGCUGGACACGUACUACACGAUCCGCUCGGUGCUGCCGGAGGUGAUGCGCAAACGCGAUCCACUCGAUCCGUUCGUGCGGAGCGUCAUCAAGAUGGGUGUUACAGUGCCACUGCCCAAAACGGUACACCCGGACGAUCCGAAAAUCAUUCUCAUCCGGGGUGAUGCGUUCGACGGCGACGUCUGUGACUUCCCGGAUAUACUGAAGGUGUUUACGAUGAUUGGCGAUUUGCUGCUGCGGGAUGACGAUCAGAUGAUGAUCUGCGGCCAGGCUGCCAUCAUCGAUCUGGGGCACUCUUCCAGCAGCCAUCUGUUCAACUUUAACCUUUCCUUCCUGCGCAAGGCAUCGAUUCUGAACCAACAGGCAUCACCGCUCCGACAGAAGGGUUUCCACUUUAUCAACACACCGAAAAGCUUCGAUCUGGUGCUGAACAUCUUCAAAGGGCUGAUGACGGAGAAGAAUCGCAAACGAACGAUCGUAUCGCACGGUUCCAGCCUGGAGUCACUGCACAAGUACUUCCCACCGUCCGUACUUCCGGCUGAGCUGGGUGGGGAGCUGGGUCCCGUCCAGCAGUACGUGGAUGAGUGGGAGCAAAAGCUGAUCGACAAUCGGGCGUACCUGAUCGAGGAGGAAGGGCUCGGCGUUGAUGAAGGCAAGCGCCGAACGACGAACCCGCUGGCCGAGGAGAAGGAUCUGUUCGGGACGGCUGGAACGUUCCGAAAGCUGGAGAUUGAUUGAGCUGGUUGACUGGACUUUGCGUGGGUAUAUUAGGCAAGCUGUCCUGAAGCCAGAAGGCACUGGGAGUGUUGUGAAUCAGACCUUGGUGUGUCUUUGUGUCUCUCAUGGAGCGUUGUUGAAGCUUUUCAUGCAAUUGGUGACACACGCGUGAGACGCUCAAACCCAACUCCAGUGGUUGCUGUGAUGCACCAUACUGUAGAGUAACCAUGGAAAAGCUUUUAUGAUUAAGUUUUAUGUAAACAAAUGUCUGUAGAUAAGAGCAUUUUAGUGAAUGUGUGAAAGUAAUAGGUUAGUUUUAAUGUUAUUUAACUAAUAAAACAAUAUAAAGAAA